AUGGCUUGGGCGAAGCACUGGAAGGAUAGGUUUCCUUCAUUCCACUACCCGACAACCCCUCCGAGCGCGAGAGACCAGACGUUCCGCGACUUCCUCCCGCAGCUCCUCCCGCGCGAGUACGGCCUGACCAAUCUGGAUAGCGUGCUCGUCUAUGUGGACAAGGAGCGCAUGAAGAUGGGCCGCGCGCUCGUGCUCGCGGAUAAUCGGGGUGCGCACCCGAAGCAGCGCGAGCCGCCGCCGCCCGAGGUGGUCGACAAGAUUGCGGACAACUUGGGGCUGGAAGGCGACACACGCGAGCCUGUUUGGUACAAGUGCGUUGAUUAG